UUUCUCGCAGUUCUCGGGUUGCCGGGUCAUAUAGUAGUACUAAUCACAACUUUUUGUCUGAAAAUCAAUGAGAUUUUCCAAGUGAAAGAAAACUUCAACUCUGCAGAUUCAUCAGAUGCAUUCUAGUGUAGCUACCAUCUGCAUAGUCAUCGGAAACCAAGUAUAACACCCUAUCCAACCUCCGGUUUGACUUUGACUUUGACUCCCAUGACCUGUCCCCGAUAUAGUAGCUUCAUCAGAACCCAAGAUCCAAGAACUGGGCAACGCGAGGCUGCUGCAACAGCAAUGGCCUCCUUCCAUUCUCUGACAGCCUCCUCCUCCUCCUCCUCGUUCUUCUUGCUAUUCAUGAUCUUCUUCCUCCUCUCCGGCGGGCUGCAAGUCCGGGCGCAGCAGCCCUACGGCAAGGAGACCAACGACUGCGCCCGCCAGCACAACUCCACCGGCAUGCUCGGCUACCUCUGCGGCGGCGCCGGCAGCGCGCCGUCCUGCCCGGCCUUCCUCACCUUCACCGCCCGGGCGCCGUACUCGAGCCUCGCCUCCAUCGCGGCGCUGCUCGGCUCCGACGCCACGACCCUCGCCGCGGCCAACGAGGUCGCGGCGGCGGCGCCGCUCGCCGAUGGCAGCCGGGUACUCGUCCCGGCGACCUGCGCCUGCACGGCCACGCCGGAGGGCCGUUUCUACCAGCGGAACGCGACUUCGUACGUCUCCAAGAACGGCGACACGCUGCUCAUCAUCGCCACCGGCACGUUCCAGGGCCUGACCACGUGCCAGGCGCUCCAGGCGCAGGGGCUCCGCGGCGCCGCGCCGGAGACCCUCCAAGUCGGCCAGCCGCUCCCCGUGCCGCUGCGGUGCGCGUGCCCGACCGCGGCGCAGGCCGCCGCCGGCGCGAGGUUCCUGGUCAGCUACCUCGUCGUCCUGUUCGACGAUGUCACCGCCGUGGCCGCGCGUUUCGGCGUCGACGCCGAGACCGUCAUUGCGGCCAACCAGCUCCAGCCGCCGUACACCAUAAUCCCUUCCACCACCCUGCUCAUCCCCGUCAGUGCCCAGCCUAACGUGUCGCGGAUCCAGACACCGCCGUCGCCGCCGCCGCCGCCGACGGUGACGGUAGCGCCUGCUCCGGGCAAGAAGAGCAGCAGCCGUGUCGGGGUUUACAUCGGCGUUGCGGUGGCGGUGGUUGCCGUCGCUGCGAUUGUCUCAGCCGGCGCUGUCCUUGCUCUGAAGGCGCGGAGAAGGCGAGCCGCCGGCGCCGCUCUGGCCGCCGGCGAGGUGGCCAAGAAGGAAGGCAAAGGCAACGAGACGGACACGACGUCGUUGGGUUUCACCGGCGGCGGCGAGUUCUCCCUGUCCACCAGCGAGGCGUUCUCGAGCAUCUCGGUGACGGACAUCAAGUCCUCGCUGAAGAUCUACACCUACGCGGAGCUCAAGGCGGCGACCGACGACUUCAGCCCGGAGCGCCACCUCGGCGGGUCGGUGUACCGCGCGGCGUUCAACGGCGACGCCGCCGCCGUCGAGGUGGUCGACCGGAACGUGUCGUCGGAGGUGGAGAUCAUGCGGAAGAUCAACCACCUCAACCUCAUCCGCCUCAUCGGCCUCUGCCACCACCACGGGCGGUGGUACCUCGUCACUGAGUACGCCGAGCACGGCGCGCUCCGGGACUGCCUCCUCGCCGCGGGCGCUGGCGCGGCGCCAUCGCUGACCUGGGCGCAGCGUGUGCAGGUCGCGCUCGACGUCGCCGAGGGGCUCCGGUACCUGCACGAGUACGCGCGCCCGGCGUGCGUGCACAUGGACGUCAGCAGCGGCAACGUGCUCCUCGCCGGCGACGGGCCCCGCGCCAAGCUCCGGGGCUUCUGCGCCGCCCGGGCCAUCACGGGCGCCACAGCCGGCGCCGGCGGCGAGGAGGCAGCGCUGUUCACGAUGACGAGCCGCAUCGCGGGGACGCGCGGGUACAUCGCGCCGGAGUACCUUGAGCACGGCGUGGUGUCGCCCAAGGCCGACGUGUACUCGCUCGGCGUGGUGCUUCUGGAGCUCGUGACCGGGAAGGACGCCGAGGAGCUGGUGAGCGACGGCGUGGGCGACCCCUUCGCAGCCCUGCGGGAGCUCGCCGAGGAGCUCGACGGCGGCGGCGACGCCGUGCUGCAGAGGCUGGAGGAGCUCGUGGACCCGGCGCUGCCGGCGGGGAGCUGCCCGCAGGACGCCGUGGUCAUGAUGGUCAGGCUCAUCGAGAGGUGCGUCCGGCGCGACGCGGCGGGCCGGCCGAGCACCGGGGAGGUGGCGCAGCGCCUCCUCAAGCUGUCGGGGGUCUCGGCGGUCAGCUGGCGGAACUCGCCGGAGUCGCCACGGAGCUCCGGCAGCGGAAAAGGCCUAAUGUACUAGACUAGCAGUAGCCUCUAGCCGUACCUUGCCAAUCGUGCGAAUUGUGAAGCUACCAAAGUGAAAUGUUGUACUACUUUCACUUUGGUGAUGAAGUGAGUUUUGUUUUCGAAGGAAAAAAUGAUACUAGUAAUUGUUCAGGUUGCUUUUUUUUUUGUGAUUUGAUUGUAAAUCGUAUCAAGGCAAAAUUUGCCAAACAUCACUAAAUUUUGCUGGCAUCAUCGAACUUUUUAAAUUGAUUGGAUACUAUUACAAAUCUAUAGCCCUUCGUUGUAACCAUUAUAAUAAUAUUUCUUUCUGUGGUCU